UCGCGUGUCCCCGCGGCGACCUCGGUCACCUCGGGUCGUUAAAAUGACAGACAUCACGCCCGUUUGCCACAAUCUCCGCAAGACCCCUCACAAUCAAAACAAAUCGACCACGCGUGCCUUUUCCCGCAGCCAUGACGUCACAUAGGCCCCUCCCCCUUUCCCCGCAAGUAAACAGAAAACCGAGGAGAGAAACGCUCGUGUCGUGUGUCUGACGCCUAAAGGUCACUUGCGGGAAUGGAAGCGGACGUUGGGUUUUGGCGUUUUUCUCACGCGCACACGCUUGUGUGUGUGUGUGUUUUAAUAGUUAACUUGUGAGACCAGCUGACUUGCGAUGAAGGGAGAGGCGGAAGUGAAGUCAUUUGACAGACCGUCCAUGUUAUUAUUGUUAUUUUGGUAGCCGUGCAAUGAGACUGGCUGCGGUGCCGCUGGUCUCCGAGACAACCGCCGCUAACGACACCGCAGGCCGCCCCGCACCGCGACACCACCGCCCUCACUGACCCGGAGACAGGAGCCUCGCUGACGGCUGGAGGGAGAAGGAGGAAGGAGGGAGAGGGAGAGGGAGGAGGAGGGUGUGAGGACCCAGCUCCAGCUCCAGCUCCUACUCUCCGACCGACCAAAUAUAAAACGGCGACAAAACAACAGCUUCUCGUCAUUCGGCUUUGGUGUGUGUUUGCGCCGCCGCUGCAGACAUGAACGGUAUCACCAAGGGCCGGUUCGAGGUGUUCUCAAACAGCGAUGAAGCCCCCAUUAACAAGAAGCUCCCCAAAGAGCUUCUUCUUAGAAUAUUCUCCUAUUUAGAUGUGGUCACGCUCUGUAGAUGUGCCCAGGUAUCCAAGGCGUGGAAUGUUCUGGCUCUCGAUGGCAGCAACUGGCAGAAGAUUGAUUUGUUUAACUUCCAGACAGACAUAGAGGGCCGGGUGGUGGAGAACAUUUCAAAGCGCUGUGGAGGCUUCCUGAGGCAGCUGAGCCUCAGAGGCUGCCUGAGUGUGGGAGAUGCCUCCAUGAAGACCUUCGCUCAGAACUGCAGGAACAUCGAAGUGUUGAACUUGAACGGCUGCACCAAGAUCACAGACAGCACCUGCCUCAGCCUCAGCAAGUUUUGCUCCAAACUCAAACACCUGGAUCUCACCUCCUGUGUGUCCGUCAGCAACCACUCUCUCAAGGCUCUCAGUGACAACUGCAGAAUGCUGGAGAUGUUGAACCUGUCGUGGUGUGACCAGAUCACACGUGAUGGCAUCGAGGCUCUAGCGAGAGGCUGCUCCGGUUUACGAGCACUGUUCCUCCGAGGCUGCACACAGCUGGACGAUGGAGCAUUGAAACACCUUCAGAAACACUGCCCAGAACUCACCACCAUCAACAUGCAGUCAUGCACACAAAUAACAGAUGAAGGCCUGGUCAGUCUUUGUCGAGGAUGCCACAAGCUGCAGAUUCUCUGCAUGUCUGGUUGUAGUAACAUCACGGAUGCCUCCCUCACUGCACUGGGACUCAACUGUCCCCAACUUAAAAUUCUUGAAGCUGCACGAUGCUCCCAUGUCACAGAUGCUGGGUUCACUGUGCUGGCCAGGAAUUGUCAUGAGCUUGAAAAAAUGGACUUAGAAGAAUGUAUUUUGGUGACAGAUAACACCCUGGUUCAGCUGUCCAUCCACUGCCCUCGUCUCCAAGCCCUGUCUCUGUCCCACUGCGAGCUGAUCACAGAUGACGGCAUCAGAGCUCUGAGCAGCAGUACCUGUGGCCAAGAGCGCCUCACUGUGGUGGAGCUGGACAACUGCCCUCUCAUCACUGAUGUUACCCUGGAGCACCUGAAGAGCUGCCAUCGCCUGGAGCGCAUUGAGCUCUAUGACUGUCAGCAAGUCACCAGGGCUGGCAUCAAACGCAUCCGGGCCCAUCUUCCAGAGAUCAAGGUCCACGCCUACUUUGCCCCAGUGACACCCCCGCCCUCUGUACAUGGAGGUGGCCAGCGUCUGUGCCGUUGUUGCAUCAUCCUCUGACAGUGGAGGGCCAGGGGGGGCCACCUCUGUCUGCAGGUCCUGCUGCUCUGAUAUGUGCUGACUAAUGGGGUUUGAGGAGGAGAAGACUGAUAUCGUCAAAGGGGAGAGGAGGGGCUGGACCCACUCACUGCUCCUGAUCACUGAUCAAUACAUGCACUGAUCAACACUGGUCCCUGAUCAGUUGAACCCACCCCUCCUCUCACCUCUUGCUCACCGGUCAGCUUUGCAGCAGCCCCAGGAUUUGGCAUGAAGAGGAUAGAGGAAAGGAACAUGGAUGGAUGGACACACUCUCUCUCAUUCUCUUUCUCUCUCUGUGAGGACAAAAAACUGGUCUCUUCAUUCAGCUUCUCACACCCCCCCCUGACCCCCCGUGGACGUUGAGGAUGGCACCUGGGCAGCUGGAGGUGUUUGUUUGGGUUGGCUCAUGUUCAGACUUGAAAAAAAAAUGAUGAUGUUGUCAUCAUCUUGGACAACAUUUCGCUCUCCGUGGAGCAUCAUCUCAACCAAUCACAUGACAGCUCUGUGUGACCAUUCUGUGAUUCAUUCUGCUUUGACCAAUAAACGCGCAGCAUGGAAGGAGACGGAGAUGCUUCAGCACAGCCAGCUUAGCUCUCUGGUGUGGAGGAGUCGGGGAGAAACUCGGAGCACAUAUUGUGACAUGUGACGUGUUUGUGCAUCUGAGAAACUUCCUUUGAGAUUUAUGAUUCAGUUUGUACAGAGAAUGUUUUGCCAUGGGGGAAAAAAUAAUGAUGGCAAAGUCAUUUAAAAUAUGGGAAGGCCAGCAACACAAUAUUUUUUCUUUUUGCAGACAAGUGCUUAUUGUAAUUGUCUAUGUAUGUCUAUCCAGAGACAGAAGGGGAGAAGAAACAUGACCUAUACCUAUAUUUCCCACUCACAAAAAAGCAUUCUGUUGACUCUGCGUGCUGCCGAGAUAAGUGGCCUCUCUUGUGUACUGCGUGGUUUCGUUGGCUCAUAGACCCUGAUCCAAUGCUGUCAGUAGCUCGGUGCACUAGCUCCUCCUUGACUACUUGAGCUUUUGUUUACACACUGGAUUAGGUGAGCACCAGAGACCAACUUGUUUACAUCAGUAGGUUUCCAGUUUCCCUACUAUACAGAUUAAGUCUAGUAACAUGGAUACAACUGUAGAACUCCAUCACUCAAAUGUAUUGCCAUGUGUGUGGAUUUCAGUCAGGGCUAACAUUGGUGCAAUUUCCAAAUGAAAUAUUUUCGUUGAGAUGUUGGUGUAAACACAAGACACCUCAACCUUUUGACAAUCACAUGAAUUUAUGUAUUUCAAAAUUAAUUUAGUUUAGUUUUGAGUAAUUGGCCUUUUACAGAAGAUUUAGAAUAUAAUUAAAUAUUCACUAGACUUGCUUGAUGCCCAAAACAGCACAUGAGGAAUUGUUAAAAAAAAGUAGCACUUGACACAGAUCUGGUAAUUAUUCGAACAGCAACAAAUUUACACUCAUCUAUGGAUCUACAUAGCAUGAUUAUGAUAUGAGCAGAAAGCCAGAGAAUCAGCAGUUUAUUUCACUCCAUACAGACACUCCCUCUGAUCAGUGGGAUCUCAACAUUAUCUGGGGAAUCUACAUGAGGCAUGAAACACCACCAAUGACUGCAGAGAAAAUACAGCAAAAGUGAAGAAGCUGGCAAUAUUGCACCAGAGGAGGAUGCUGGCAAAGACUGGAGAGAUUAUCAGAACUAUUGAUAAGACUGAAACAAAGGAGAACAGCCACAAAGGACGUAUAUUAGCUGACUUGACUGGCUGUGAUACUAAUGCCCUCUCUUUGACUGUUGUUUUAACAGGUUUAUGUUUUAAAAAAAUAAGGAAGUAAAUAAAUAAAUAAAAACAGAUAAAUGAAUAAAUAAAAGUGACUAAUAGUAAAUGUA